AUGCCGGCGCACAUAGGCAGCAAUGCCCCGCUUCUCCCAUCCUGUUUCCGCGCACAACUCGACACGCUGAAGGCCUUGCAAGAGGAGGGGUUUGAUUUCCCGUACCCCAAGGACCUUCACGCUCUGGACAAGGCAGCGUGGCCGCUUGCGCUGAUGGCUGAGGUCGUCUUCGACGUCAGACAGCAGACGAUAACGUGUAUCUUCGUCGACGGGUCCUCUGUCUCCUGGUCGUUGUCCACAAUAAACAACAGAUCCAGGUGCAUGGCCGCCCUCGAGCUUAUUAUAGCUGCAGCGCGUUGGACAUACUGCCCCGGUAUCGAUCCUGGUCUGAAGGAGGAUCAGCCACCGUUCUCAACCGCAGAAGCUGCUCCCGUUUUCCCGACGGACAAGGUAUCGGUUUUAUCCGACCCCACUUCCUAUCGCUCGGAGCACUCCCGUCAGAAGUUGCUACUCGACGCUACCGUGUCUGAUUUCCGGAGCACCUUCCCCAACAGCCUCGGGCACAACUCCGAUCCGAUCCUUCUUUCGCCCCACUGGCUCUCGAGCUCGCCCCUACCGACGCCGAUGGGUAUCGGGCUAGUCAUUCGCCCUCGGGAACCCAUCCCUGUUUACAAAUGGUACCGACCGGCGCCGACACUAGAUUGGAUCUUGCGUCGUUAUGCGCGGGCCCUCCUGUUGGACACAGCGGCAGGCUACCCGCCUGGCCUGUACCCAGAUUGGGCUGUCCGGAGUAUGCUUAGGAAAACAGAAGCAGCUUUACGGGAGAUGCCGCCAGAUGCGAACGGGGGAGGACUUGGGGACGCCAUGGCAUGCGACGCAGUGACCCCGUCGGCGCCCGUCUUUUCCCCGUCAUCGCAGGGUCCAGUGGUCUCGGACGAGAUUAUCCCCGCGAGCAGCGACUCAGCUAGACUCGCUACGGAAACCUGCGGAUAUUCCAUACACACCCCUGUUGACUCCACGUGCUCGGCCCUCGUCCCUCCUGCCACCUCGUCCAGCAUGCAAUAUGCUCCGGUGGCCGAGUUGCACACUCCCCCUCAAACACCUCCCAGCUUCGUUCCUUCAGGGCACGGAGCUGACAUGUCGGUGUACAAUGCGCUCACAGACUUCCGCUCGCGGUUGAUCUCCCUCCGAUCCCGUCUGCAGCACGAGCAGAGUAUGCGGGAUGAUGAAGAGCUGGCCUCUUUGGGGAUAAAGAACGGUCGGCGGCGCGCGCGAAGCUGCCACUACUCCACGGAUGGGCGACAUUUAUCCCAAGUCGGAGUAUCGACCCCGGCUUGCAGCUCCCCUCUUGCGCGCUGCGAACCCGUCUCCGCGGAGAUGCUGGCUUCACUGCACUCGCAGGUAGCCAGGGAGCAGGAAGAUUGA